AUUCAUAAAUUUUAGUCAGCAUUGCAUUUAUUUAUUAUAUUUUAGAUGAUAGCAACAUAUUAAUGCUCAAAACGUAGCCUGCAAGUAAAGUUUGUUUGAUGAUAAAAAUCUUUUAAUUUAAAUAGUAGUAGGCUACCACUUGUAACAGUCUCAGAGUAUGCUAUUUGUUUGUUCCUGACAAACUGACCGGAGAUUCAUUUAAAAGAGUGUUUUUUUUUAUUAUUUUUUUUUUUUUAUAAAUUGUAGGAAAAUUGGAGACAACGUGUUUUGAUUCUUGAUGGCUUAGCCUAUAAGUUACAGUUUUACAUUUAUGCAUUUUUGUAUUAUUCUAAAAAAAAAUUCUACGCCAUAUAAAACUCAAAAAACUUCUGCAAAUUGUUGUGAUGUGUUAAAUGAAAAAUCUAAUUAUAAAAUGAAUGGUCUUUAUUGGCUAAUUAAAAUUCAUUUACUUUUAAAACAAUAGCUAGACCUACCCAUCUUAAGCCCUUUUGAUAUCUUAAUGCAGAAAGUAUAAAAUUAAUGUAUUCCAAUUAUUAAAAUUCAUCUGUCAAGCCGAAAAGUAAUUCGAAUAAUAAUACAUUUUUUAAUAACUGCUCAUUUUUAUUUGACAUACAUUUCAGCUUGUGUGAUAAAAGCUCGUCUUUAAUGGUAACAUUGUAAUUAGUAAAAGCCUCCACUAGACAGUGUGAAUCCAAACAUUGGAGCAAGGACAACUUGUUUAUUAAGAAAAUUAGGUUAAGGCUACUUUGGUAGCCUUUUCUUUUUCUAGACCCGAGUCAGAAUUACUAGUUGUGCUAUUAGGUCGAUAUUUAAAAGUGCAUGCUAAUGCUCAUAUGCAUUUAUUAUUUUAAUCAUAAAUAUGUUCCAGCUACAGGACGAUUAUCCUAUACGAACAAAGAAUCAGGCCUAUUUGUGGAUAUAUACUGUGAAGUAUUUUUGACAGCGUAAAAACCGUUGGAAGGAAAGUUCAGAGAUAGCACAAUAAAUGACCAUUUACCACAUCACAUUAAGCCACACAGGCUGAAAAAAAAAACGAAUAGAAAAAAACUGAGACCUUAGAAGUUUGGAAUUAUAUUAAAUGCAAAUCAAAUGACAAAUAUAUACAACUGCGGUCUCGACAUCACAGGCUGAUUUUGAGAUAUAAUAUCUCCUGAACGCCAAAGGUAGGCAUAGGUAAAUUUAAUCACAAACAACAAUUGUGUUGAAAUAGCUAUAUACUUAAAUAAUUUAAAUGUUAUGGGAUCGUGGUUAGAUUUCUCUCUAUAAAUAAAUAUAAAAGUUUUUUUUUUUUUUUUUUUUACUAUUAAUCCGUAACUGAACAUUGUAAUUAUAAAGCUUAUAUAGGCCUACAUGUAAAUUUAAGUUAAUCACAUCUUUAUUCUACAGAAUGGAAAUCCAUAUCCACCCCAUAAUGUGUUUCUGAAAAGCAGAUUGAAAGCCGCCUCUCGUUUUGAACUUGAGUAAAUAAAUAAAUAGUUUUGACCCACCGCGUGCAUGAAAACCUUAACUCACUGUUUAUGUGCUUAAAGGGCUGUUGGGGCAAUUACAGUGUAUCAUAAAGGUUUACUAUUUUAGCACUUGAUCUCCUUUUCGAUACCUUGUUGCUUUUGGGUUUUAUAUAGGCUACGUGGCUCACAAGGCUUUGUGGCUAAGCGGCGAUGUCAGUAUUAACAAAGUCAGUGGUCGUAAACAUAAUGCUGUUCCCGUUAAAUUCUGGUUUUAUUCGUUUAUAUUUUCAGAAAUGACUGAUCGGGUUUAUGUAGAUUUGACUUCAAAAAAAUGUAGCAGCUUGAAAAAGAUCUGGGACACAUGGGUUACGUGCACACAGAGGGAGGAGUCACCGGUGCUCGUUGCCAUUUAAUUGGCUGUUAGCUCACAUUGAGUUGUAUAGUUAUCAGUAAUCAUAUUCAGCAUGUUUUGCACAAGAAAUGUCAUCCAGAAAGGGCAAUCUUCUUCCACCGUCAAAUUAUACCACAAAGAUGUCAUGCUCCGAUAGUCCAUCUGGAAAUUCGUUUCUGGUAGACUCCUUGAUCCACGGAAGGGCCGAGGGAAGUGGGCACUACUACCAAAACAGCGGAGUCUACUUGCAGCCGACCUCCGAGUAUUCUUAUGGACUGUCUAACUGUGGCUAUUGCCAUCAUUCUGGACUCAAACGGAAUGAGAGCAAUUCGCAAAAUGUAGUCCCUACGUGUGGGCCAUAUCAAGGCAUGGAAACAUGGCUGGAGACGUCGAGGUCCUGUCGCAUUGAACAGCCUAACAACCAAAUUGCCCCACGGUCGUUCUCGCCCACCAUAAAAGAGGAAAACUCUUACUGCUUAUACGAGUCUGAGAAGUGUCCAAAAGACACCAUUACAGAGGACAUAUCGUACUCCCGGCUGACACCAAACUCAUGUCCAUCUAGCAACGAUAACGGCUGCGUUCCGGUACCUGGUUACUUCCGUCUCUCUCAGACAUGCACCACAUCUAAAGGUUUUCCAGACAACCAGUCUGUAUCGACUCAUGCUGCUGCUCAACGCUCUACCCGAUUUGACAGCUCUCUUUCAGCCACAGGAGCAGAAGCGAGCAGGGAAGAGAGCGGCGAACCUCCUACAUGCGCACCAUGUGCCCCGGCAAGAAACAAGGAGCUAAGGGGGUCUACUGGCACCGCUUCAUCUCCAGAACCACCGGACAGUCCGGAGAAGGCGGUCACUGUUACUAAAGGAGAUUCCAAAAGCAACAAUACAGCUAACUGGCUGACGGCGAAGAGUGGCCGUAAGAAGCGUUGUCCCUACACCAAACACCAGACUCUAGAGCUGGAGAAAGAGUUCCUCUUCAACAUGUACUUGACACGAGAGCGUCGCCUCGAGAUCAGCCGCAGCGUUCACCUCACGGACAGACAAGUCAAAAUCUGGUUUCAGAACCGACGGAUGAAGCUGAAGAAGAUGAGUCGAGAAAACCGAAUCCGAGAGUUGUCGGCCAACUUCAGUUUUUCAUGAAGCCUCCUCGCUUUAUAGAUCUCUGGCGCCCUCCUCCAUCAGCUGCAUUGGUAGCCUACAUACAACAAAUCGUCUCCGUAGGUGUGUGUGCACUGUGCAUAGAUGACUUGUGCAAGAUACUAUUGAUAACUUAUUGUGUGUCUUAUACUGUUGACGUUUUUAUCUGUUUAUGUAUAAUUUUAUUUGACAACUCAGUCGUCAUAACAUGUCAUGGUUAUUUAUAAACUGUCAAGAGUAGCCCACUUCACUGUAAAAGCAAGAAGAAAAUAUAAGAAUGCUGAAGGUGUUCAUUGUACAUAGCAUUCAGACUAUAUUGUAUAUUUACUGUAUAUAACUGCGGUAUUUGCAUGUUGUAAUAAUAACUAUUAUGAAACAGUUUUUAAAUAAUAACAAUACGUUUCUUUCUAAGUACGACCUUGUCAUGUAUUUGCUGUUCUAGGCAUAAGUGGGAAAGUCCGGUUCUUAAAAUGUAGAAACUUAUAAACAUUACGGGACUUCCUGAAUUAUUUUAACAGCAAUCAAAGGUACCAUCUUUUUGGAAACAGAGGCCAAAGAGAUGGUCUCAGAUGUAAAUUAAUUAUUACAUGGAAGAAAAUAAAUAAAGGCAUGUACGUAAAAAUUAUAUUACUUUUAAAUACAAUUAGUACAAAACA